CCCGGGGCGCGAUCCAGCCCAGGUAGCCGCGCCGCAGGCUCGGGGCGCCCGAGCCCGUGCCCCGCCGCGUCCCGGGCCCCGCGGGGUCGGCGGCCGGCGGGCGCUCCUGCUGCGGCGGCCGCUGUGCAGCCAGGAGGUGUGAUUACUGUUCUGAAGUGGACAUUGGAGGAGGACCAGGAAACUUCGUUUCGAGCACAGCUCUGGUGUCACGUGCUGCGCUCAGGCUGUGCAUUCGAACUCCGGCCCUUUCCGUGUGCCGCCCCCGCUCCGGCCCAAGCCAAAUGAACUGUCUCUACAGAAAAAGGCUCAGCUGAUGGGAAUGCGAGGGAUAGAAAGAUACCAUCAUACCCGCCAUAUGCAAUCACCAUAGAAGGCGCGGAGGAGUCAAGCAAUAAGACACUGGUGCUGCCUUUGAGAAAGAAGUCUGGUCCCUGGAGAUAAGCACAGAGAAGGCAGAAUGGAAACGGGGAAAGGAAAUCAGCUGACGCAGGAGCCAGAGUGAGACCGGUGAGCCCGCAGACCCAGCCUGCAUCAUGAACUUGUGUCUUCCUUCUGCAUUUUAAGAGCCAAGGGCAGGUGAAGUUGCCAGAGAGCGAUGGCUCUCUUUACUCCAUGGAAGCUGUCCUCUCAGAAGCUGGGCUUUUUCCUCGUGACUUUUGGCUUUAUCUGGGGCAUGAUGCUCCUGCAUUUUACCAUCCAGCAGCGAACUCAGCCCGAGAGCAGCUCCAUGCUGCGUGAGCAGAUCCUGGAUCUCAGCAAGAGGUACAUCAAGGCACUGGCGGAAGAGAACCGGAAUGUGGUGGAUGGGCCAUACGCUGGUGUCAUGACAGCCUACGAUCUGAAGAAAACUCUUGCUGUGCUGUUGGAUAACAUCUUGCAGCGCAUUGGCAAGUUAGAGUCAAAAGUGGACAAUCUUGUUGUCAAUGGCACAGGGACAAACUCGACCAACUCCACUACGGCUGUUCCCAGCUUGGUAGCACUUGAGAAAAUUAAUGUGGCAGAUAUCAUUAAUGGAGCUCAAGAAAAAUGUGUAUUGCCUCCUAUGGAUGGCUACCCCCACUGCGAGGGGAAAAUCAAGUGGAUGAAGGACAUGUGGCGCUCGGAUCCCUGCUACGCAGACUACGGAGUGGAUGGGUCCACGUGCUCUUUUUUUAUUUACCUCAGUGAGGUUGAAAAUUGGUGUCCUCAUUUACCUUGGAGAGCAAAAAAUCCCUACGAAGAAGCUGAUCAUAAUUCAUUGGCGGAAAUUCGUACGGAUUUUAAUAUUCUCUACAGCAUGAUGAAAAAGCAUGAAGAAUUCCGGUGGAUGAGACUCCGGAUCCGGCGAAUGGCUGAUGCGUGGAUCCAAGCAAUCAAAUCCCUGGCAGAAAAGCAGAAUCUUGAAAAGAGAAAGCGGAAGAAAGUCCUCGUUCACCUGGGACUCCUGACUAAGGAAUCUGGAUUUAAGAUAGCAGAGACAGCUUUCAGUGGUGGCCCUCUUGGUGAAUUAGUUCAGUGGAGUGAUUUAAUUACAUCUCUGUACUUACUGGGCCAUGACAUUAGGAUUUCAGCUUCACUGGCUGAGCUCAAGGAGAUAAUGAAGAAGGUUGUAGGAAACCGAUCUGGCUGCCCAACUGUAGGAGACAGGAUCGUUGAGCUCAUUUAUAUUGAUAUUGUAGGACUCGCUCAAUUCAAAAAAACUCUUGGGCCAUCCUGGGUUCACUACCAGUGCAUGCUCCGAGUCCUGGAUUCAUUUGGUACGGAGCCAGAAUUUAACCAUGCUAACUAUGCCCAGUCUAAAGGCCACAAGACGCCCUGGGGCAAAUGGAAUCUGAACCCGCAGCAGUUUUAUACCAUGUUCCCUCAUACCCCAGACAACAGCUUUCUGGGAUUUGUGGUCGAGCAGCACCUAAACUCCAGUGACAUCCACCACAUUAACGAAAUCAAAAGACAGAACCAGUCCCUUGUGUACGGCAAAGUGGAUAGCUUCUGGAAGAAUAAGAAAAUCUAUUUGGAUAUUAUUCACACGUACAUGGAAGUACACGCAACUGUUUAUGGCUCCAGCACGAAAAAUAUUCCCAGUUACGUGAAAAACCACGGUAUCCUCAGUGGACGAGACCUGCAAUUUCUCCUCCGAGAAACCAAGUUGUUUGUUGGACUCGGGUUCCCUUAUGAGGGCCCAGCUCCCCUGGAGGCCAUCGCAAAUGGAUGUGCUUUUCUGAACCCCAAGUUCAGCCCACCCAAAAGCAGCAAGAACACAGACUUUUUCAUUGGCAAGCCAACUCUGAGAGAGCUGACUUCCCAGCAUCCUUAUGCUGAAGUUUUCAUCGGCCAGCCCCAUGUUUGGACGGUUGACCUCAGCAAUCAGGAGGAAGUGGAGGAUGCCGUGAAAGCAAUUUUAAGUCAGAAGAUUGAGCCAUACAUGCCAUAUGAAUUCACAUGUGAGGGAAUGCUGCAGAGAAUCAAUGCUUUCAUUGAAAAACAGGACUUCUGUCACGGGCAGGUGAUGUGGCCGCCCCUCAGCGCCCUGCAGAUGAAGCUGGCGGAGCCUGGGCAGUCCUGCAAACAGGUGUGCCAGGAGAACCAGCUCAUCUGUGAGCCCUCUUUCUUCCAGCACCUCAACAAAGACAAAGACAUUCUGAAGUACGAGGUGGUCUGCCAAAGCUCGGAGCUGGCCAAGGACAUCCUGGUGCCGUCCUUCGACCCCAAGAACAAACACUGUGUGUUUCAAGGUGACCUCCUGCUGUUCAGCUGCGCGGGCGCCCACCCCAGGCACCAGAGGAUCUGCCCCUGCCGGGACUUCAUCAAGGGCCAGGUGGCUCUCUGUAAAGACUGUCUAUAGCGGCCGUGGCUCGGCCUCACACUCACUCUGCGGGGGGGACAGUGGCUCCAACCCCACUGGGGCAGCGCCAGGGGGCCAGACGUGUCAUUCAGGGACUCUGGCCAGAGCCUGAACUGUACGGUGGGAGGUUUCGACGUGGUGUCGCUCCUUCUGCGGUGGGAGAGCCCCACAGCCGAGCUCCCCUCCCCAAGAACAGAAUGAGCAGAUGUCAGGCCGGGCGCCUGGCUUCUCCCUGGCACAACUUCAUUUUUAUUUCUCGAAGAGACUGUGUCGAUGCAGCUGCUCCGAGGUAGAAUGAGAGUAUCAAGAUUCAUUUAAAACAGAACCAGAGGAGGAAUUGGAGCUGGUCGGAAAGAACUUUAUACGGGAACAUUCCUAAACCCCAUUAACUUAUUUAUUUGGGAGGGAGGGGGUGGGAGCAGGGGAGGGCAAGGAGGGAUUGAUCACACGUCUUGUUUCUCUGAUUUCCCACUGUUUACUGUCCACCUUCACUGUAUUAUGACUCCUGUCUGCUUCCAGAAGGAAGCAGGAGGGAGACAGGAUGCACUGUGGGGCCGGUGGCUCGCUUGAGGGCAGCUGUGGGGACCUAGCUCCUCCAAGUAGUCGGUGGCAGAGCAAAAGCAAAUGUUGUGUGUGCUUGACAGCUGGCAGCUAGGGGACAGGUAGCUCCUGGGCUUGGGAGGACAGUCCUGUGUUAUCCUGAGAGCCCAGCCGGGGACCAAAGAUGGGGCUGCUUUGCAGUGAGAGCUCCUUUCCUCAACCCUCCCCCUCCUCUUCCCAUCUCAUUCUCUCCCCCCCUCCCCUGCCCUCAAACACACACACACACACACACACACACACACACACCCCUUGGCCCUGAUUUCUGAUGAGGAUCCCUUUAGGAAAGAAAUGCAGGAUUGGGUGACUGACAUUGGCUGGUUGGUGGCAAAUCCGCCCUCCCUCAGAUGUCCCUGGAAGGAGGGACAUAGAAACUCAGGACUACACGUCAUGCUUGCUUACCCCCGAGGAGGGUUAUCCGAGCUGGGGUGUGGACAGGCAUGAAGCUGGCCCUGAGAACCAGUGUCGCCACCAGAGCUGUGCUCCAGACCGGUGGGCUUGGUGUUCUGUUCCUUCUAAUGUCUGAGGUCACCAAAGUCCUGGGAAUGAGGCUCUCAGCGGACCUGACGUUGGCAGGGGGAGCAGGAACAGGCCAGGACGGUGUGCGGUCCUGGCCUGUCACCUGUGGGGGUGCGUGUGUGUGUCUUGCACAGAACUGGAGUCUGAUGCUGGCUCUUACCCAAGGCACGAAUACUCUGAGGGGGACAUUCUGAGCUGGCAGGUUGGCCCAGCCAGGCCCCGUGGGGUACCCCCACUAACCCUGGAGUUCCCAGCCUCCACCCCAACCGGCAGCGCGUCCGUGCUCUGGCUGCAGUGUGUGUGUUUCCUUUGAAGCCCCUGGCAUCUCCAUGCUGGCGACCGUGAGCCCGCUUCUCCCUCUUGCAGAGCGUCCCGCGCAGGUGGCAUGGAGCGCCUUGGUCACCUAGGCAAGCACGGGUCACCCCGCGCUUCCCAGCACCCCGCCUGCCGUCCUGGACGGCCAGCCCGCCUCAGUCUGCCAGGACAGUUCAGCAGGGCCCCUGGCCCGGUGGGCCUUCAGGAAGUGAGCUACGUCGGGAUUCCUGCCUCUUGAGGACCACAGGGCACGUGGAGCCCUUAGGUGUGGGAAGUUAGGGUGUGCCUGCCCCCUGCCCCCCCCCGCCCCCCCAGUGCAGAAGUAGUUAUCAAGUGCACAGCCAGCCUUGGUUUUUCUUAGACUCUCAGUGGGUCUGAAUUUCACCCCUAAUCCCAGAGAGUGAAGGGAGUGAGGCGGAGCAGCCGGGGUCUCCUCCACCCCUCAGGUGACCCCUGACCUGAGCACGUGUGGGGGGAGUUCUGGCAGGGAGCAUCAGCAGGGGCCCCUCAGGAACUAGCUGAGAGCACCCUCUGCCUGGGCCCAGCAGCAAGGGCGUAAGUCCAAAGGGAAUCUUGGUGAUAAGGGGUGUGUGUGUGUGUGUGUGUGUGUGUGUGUGUGUGUGUGUGUGUGUGAAGUUUUGCAAGGGUAAUUCCUGCUGUAGGAGAAACAACUGCCUUCCGUGUCGUUAGGAACAGCUUUUCCUUAUGAAAUGAGUCUCCUGGUUUCACCCUAGGUGGUGGGAAUUCCCUUGAGCGCCCAGGGCUGCAGUUCCUGGGUCAGUGCUGCCCUCUCCUGGGCUCUUCUGGAAGCUUCCAGAGGUGAGGAUGUCAUGCAGGCAUUGGGCCAGCAGGGGGAGCCGGCAGGCUGACGCGCGAUUACUCUAACAGGACCAGAUUAACCCAUUUUGCAGAGCUGUUUCAGUAAGCCCAGGGACUCAGAGAGCAAGGAAGCUGGAAAGCAACGUUCCCAGAAAGAUGCUGUGUCUGCCUGGUGUUCCAGAAGCUGCAGGGAUUGUUGGUGGCUGGCCUGUUUGCUGAGCUCAGGGCCUCUUCACCCUCCCCAUUCCUCUCCUCUACUCAGGACUCAGGUCUAGCAGCCCAACAGAACACUUUCCUGCACUUGAGGAUCCCUGUGCCUCCCCCCCAAGUCCAGUAGUGGCCAGGAGGACCCCGAGUUCUGCACAUAGAGCUGCUGCUCCCGGGGCAGACGCACACUCCAGGUGUCUGGGGCAUUAGGCGGCGACACCGAACGUAUAGCGGCUCCCGGACCACCACAACCUUGGCCCAAAUCUAGUCAGUGGCCCCCAAGAGGGAAUUGGGGAGGGAGCCUCCAUCCGCCCAGGGUGGAGGGGGCACAGUUCCUGGCUGCCCCCGGGAGAGGACGGUGCCUCUCAGUAGGAUCCGGGAGCCUUGGUGGUUUUGCUGCUGCCAAUCUGAACAGAAUCCUAAACCAGUUUUUAAUUGAUGAUUUCCACAGGGACAGAACUCCUGAGUCAGAUCAGUGUCUUCCUGUGUCCUAAGCAUACCUUGCCCUGUCUGUAAGUUUUUUGUCUUUUUUUUUUCUCAAGUAAAAUUUGGCUUAUUUACCCCCACUGUGACCCUAAAUUCUUAAACAUGAGAAAUUAAUUUAUUAAAAGAGAGAAAGCUUUCCUUUGAAACGUAAACACUUUGAGAAGUAAAAACUCCUGAAAGGGGAAGCACACUCCUUCUAAUGCCAGUAAAAACCUCCUUUAUUUCGUGUAUAUAAUUUGAUUUGCACAUGUACAAAUGGAGACACUUUUUUGCGUUUUUGCCGGGAUUGGUUUUUUUUUGGUCACUGCUUUAGUUUGCUUUUUUUGUGUUUUCUCUGUUUUGAAAUAGUGUUUCUUUGGUAUUUAUUGUUUCUCUGACGUGCCUUUUGACUUUUCUUUGGGGUCGGUUUUUAGAAGGUGGGAACCAUUUAAGGAAGAUCAUAGACCCCUCCUGUUUGAAGAUAGGACAUAUCUUUGUGUCACCAUAGAUGCUCUGGCUGGGCACCAGAAGUGCCCUCCAGGCCCUGGGCCACAGCAUGUGUGCUCCCUCACCCCCGUGAGGCCAUGAGAACCCCCAAGAGAAGAGCUGGCUUCCUCUGGCCGCACCCCCCCCCAUGCCCUCCCAGGCUGCUCCACAUUUUUGGAUCUGAGGACUGCUGGUUGCCCAUGUGCCAACAGGCCUGGGCUCCCUGCAACCCAGGUACUUGGUGACAUGUGGUUGGGGCACAAGACCAGUGCCAUCUGAGAGGUUGCACUGGAAGAGAAGCUGUCUCCACUGAGUUCAUUAGUAGCAUUGACCCCAAAACUCUUGAUCUGAUUAUCAUAAAGGGGAAGCAUAUGCACCCGUUGUUUCCUUAGGGAACACAGGGUUCAGCAGAGGUGAUAAAAAUGCUGUGUACAGGUGGGUUUGUGCUUUUGAGACCAGACCAAGGUAGGCCACCCCAAUUCUCCAAGGUGGUUGACCUAGAUUGUGUAUAUCUUUGGGACAGUACUACCCUCACCAAUGCCCCCCCCCCCCCCCAAUCCUUGAUUUAAAAAAAAAAAAGUAUUUUUUAACGACAGGCUCGGUUAUGUUCCUAUCCCAAGCCUGGAUUACUGUAUUUAUUUUAAAAUAUUAUAAUUUCCACAUUGGCUUCAUUCUAAUCCUAUCCAUCCCAUCCCUGUAGGGCUGCAGAGCCCCUCCCUGUGAAAAGAUGGAUGGAUGGAUGUAGAUUCAGACUUCUUUAGGGAGGUGGGAAUUCGCUAAAGCUGAGGAUGAGUUCUUUCAUGCUCGUUGGCUUCAACAAAAACUGGAAACUUAUGUUUUUAUAGCUAAAGGCCAAAUUAGCUGUAUAGUCUUGGGUGCAGAAAAAAAAAAAAAAAACUUACCCUAGCUUUCUUAGCACCUAGGGUUUUUGUGAGGAUUCAGUGUUUAGCCGUGUCUGGCACAUAGUAAACCCUCGUAAAUGUUAAAUAUUGUUAUUAUUAGCGUUUCAUAAAAUUUGAGAAAUAAAGAACUAAGUAAUACCUAUAUGAAAAUGCUAUUCCAAGUUGGAGUGUUGUAGGAAUUUCUGAUUUAGGAUGUCCAAGUCCCAUGCCCAUCCUGCUGGUUGAAACGUUACUGUAUCCCUGAAUGCACUGAUUUGCAAAUAGGCCUGAUGAAACUAGGCUGUAAGAAUUUGUGAACGGGAGAUGAAAAGGGUGACCCACGUGCUUGACCUCACCCCACUGAUGUCUUCUGGACCAUUCUAGGGUUCUUCUUUGUAGGACUUUCUGAGCUAGAAAUUAAGUUCUCUGACAGACUGUACCCCUUACAUCAAAGUUAUCUAUAUUCCUCUGAAAUGAAAUAAGACUUUCUGCGUUUUAUUUGAGGAGAAAGGCUUGACCAGGUGAACUUUCUCAUUCCCCUGGAAGUCCCUUUGCUGGUCCCUGCUGGCGGGGCAGCCCCUCCACGGUCCAACCCACAGGGAUCAGACCCUGGGCUGGUUAGCAGUCACGUGUUUGUUUUGAACCCAUUCCUUGAGAAGACCCACCCCUCCCCCAGGCCAGCUCGGCUAGCUGGGGACCCCAAGGCUAUCCGACCACCCAGGUGGAGCAAUUGGGGGGGGGGGCAGGGGGUGCAGAGUGUCUUCAGAACCACUCCCAAGAGGCUGCUCAUGGUUCAGUGAGGUUUCCUCAAAUCACCAAAAUACUAUUUGCUUUUUGUUUUCUUGGGGUUUUAGCCUCUUUCUUCCCUGUUGUAGAGUUUUAUCUCCUAUCUUGGCACUAUUCUGGAUGGGCUGCAGUUGGGCAUAUGGAGGAGUGUGCUGGAGUCCGGGUUCUUCCUAAGUUCCUUCGGAUUCUUUAGCCGAAUCCGCAGUCUUGUGUGUUUGUGGAUGUAAGGUUGGAAUUCACCUUCUUCAGAGCAUCAUUCCCUCUCACCCCAGAUUCUGUGGCGCCUUAGGACCACCCCCCCCCCCACCGGGCCGCUGGUGAGGCGCAGCAGAGGGCAGCUGUGUGCUCUGGGGGGGCGGAGGCGGUAGUGCGAGCUCAGACAGUGGCCAGUGGCACAGGCCCUGAAAGCCUUGCUGGAACAGCAGGACAGGAACUCCGCGCGGUCCGCCCCCUCCGCCGGAGCCAAGAUGGAGCAGGCUUUGGCUCACUGUCAUGCCCACGUAUUAACAGGACAAGAGCAGAACAAUCGAUGCCAAAGGAGAUGGUGACAUCCUUUCUACUGUAGUUGCUGUCACAGCCUUGAUGUCCUUAAGCUAACGGCCGUUUGCGUGUGUGUCUUCAAACAGCUCCUGGUACAACCAUUUUCUACUGUUCACUUCCGGGGUUAAGUAGUGCAGGAUCCUGCAAAUAAGGUGUCGCUGUCCAAAUGUACUGUACCUGCAUAGAGAACACUGCUUUGUUUGCCAGUGUUGUAGAGAAAACUAGGGAGAACUUUAUUUUUCAAUAAACUUUUGUUGUGUGACAA